AUGUCUCCAUUCCCAGCACCGCGAAACAGCAUGGCAUUCUCAAACCAGCCCGGGGCUGUCGGCGCAAUCGCCCGGUUUUGGGCGCGCACAUAUGCCGCCGAUUAUGUCGCUUUGGGGGUUGUUGCGAUUGGGUUUAUCCUAAUUCAAUUGUUUGUUACGCCGUUUCAUCGAAUGUUUUAUCUGGAUGAUAUGGCUAUUCAGUUUCCGUUUGCGCAAUCUGAACGAGUUCCUAUGCGAUGGUCAAUCGUUUACUCCGCCGUCCUCCCCUUGCUCGUCCUCCUGCUCUGGGCCCUCAUCACACGCCCAUCCACACACAAACUCCAUGUCAGCUUUUUGGGGCUUGCGGUCUCCCUGAUUACUACGCCCUUCUUGACCGACAUCAUCAAAAACGCCGUUGGUCGUCCACGGCCGGAUCUGAUUGAUCGAUGCAAGCCCGAAGCAGGCACGCCGGAACAUAAACUGGUUACGUUUAGUGUAUGCAUGCAGUCGAAUGAGCAUAUUUUGCAAGAAGGAUGGAGGAGUUUUCCGAGUGGACAUAGUAGUUUUGCGUUCGCCGGGUUAGGGUUUUUGUCUCUAUUCCUGGCAGGUCAAUUGCACGUCUUUCGCCCGCGCGCCGAUCUCGGUCGCUGUCUAUUCGCAUUCGUCCCGAUACUAGGCGCUAUAAUGAUUGCUAUAUCCCGCUGCGAAGACUACAGACAUGAUGUAUGGGACGUCACGGCAGGCGCAAUUCUAGGGUCGAGCGUGGCAUAUUUUACUUAUAGACGGUACUAUCCAUCUUUGAGGGAUAUACGAUGCCAUGUCCCAUACGAUCUGGCGGAUGCCAAGGGUGAAGGAUUCGCAAAGUUGGCGGAUGAUGAGGAGAGACUAUUACAUGUCAACGGAGCGCUCGGAUCGGACCAGGAGUCACUCCCUAUACAUAUGGACGCACCGCGCAUUUAG